AUGAUUCCGUCCAAUGGCGCCGUCGACGAGAGGUCGGCACUGCUCGCCUCUCACAAGCACAACAACACAUCGUCGAGCUAUCGGUCAACCUCCGACAACCGAGACAAUGACGGCAUCGACUCGUCGUCGCGGUCUUCGUCACCCACAGAGGACGGCAAUGGAGGCGAAGAGGAUCACGUCAAGGUCAUGCCGCCGUUGAGCAAGCUUGCACCACUGCUCACGGCGCUGUGGGUGCCCGUGUUCGUGGCGAGCAUGGACGGCACGGUCACCGCCACACUCAUCUCGAGCAUCAGCAGCUCCUUCAACGCGUCCGAGCAGGCGCAGUGGCUCGGAUCCGCCUACCUCCUCUCGGUCGCCUGCUUCACCCCGCUCUACGGACGCAUGGCAGACAUCAUCGGACGAAAGAACUGCAUGUACACCGCCCUCACCUUCUUCACCACCGGCACCUUGCUCUGCGGUCUCUCCACUUCGAUGAAUAUGCUCAUCUUUGCGCGUGCCCUCGCAGGCAUGGGUGGCGGCGGACUCACCACCACCACCAGCAUUGUGCUCUCCGACCUCGUCCCGCUCAAACAGCGCGGCUUGCUCCAGGGUCUCACGAAUAUCGUGUUCGGACUCGGUUCUGGUCUUGGAGGACCUAUCGGCGGCUGGAUGAACGACACGCUCGGAUGGCGACGCGCUUUCCUCAUCCAGAUCCCGCUGCUGCUGACGGACUACGUGCUCGCGUUCGUAUUUGUCAACGUCAAGACGCCCAAUUCGCUUGCACACCAGUCCAAGUGGGACAAGCUCAAGUCGAUCGACUUUUUCGGCGCCUUUUCGCUCGUGCUCGGUCUGUCCAGCACGCUCAUCGCGCUCAGUCUGAUGAGCGCCAACGAUCUGGCCAUCUCGCACCCAGCGGUCUGGGGAGGCUUCCUUGUUGGGCUUGCCAGCAUUGUCUUCUUCUUCUACGCCGAGGCUCGCAUCGCUCGCAACCCGAUCCUGCCGCUGCGCCUCAUCACCCAGCGCUCGGGUGCUGCGGUGGCAUUUGCCAACUUCUGCCUGUCGAUCGUGUCGUUCGGCACGCUCUACCACUUUCCGCUCUUCUUCCAGGCGGUCAAGCUGGAAACGCCCUCGCUGGCGGGUCUGCAUCUGAUCCCCAACAGCGUGGCGCUCAGCGUUGGCUCGGUGCUGGCGGGCAUUGUGAUGCGCAACUCGGGCAGGUACUAUACGUACAACCUGGUCAACUCGAUGCUCAUCACUGUCUCCAUCGUCUGCUUUGCGCUCAUGAGCCAGCAGAGCUCCGAGGCUUUCACCUACAUCUCGAUCAUCCCGCACGGAUUCGGAACGGCGGGCGUCUUAACGUGCACGCUCAUCGCACUCAUCAACUCGGUGCCGCGCUCGGACGUUGCCGUGGCCACCAGCAUGUCGUACAUGGCGCGCAACACGGGUCAGAUCCUCGGCGUCUCCGGAGGCGGCACGCUCUUCCAGGCUCUGCUCAAACGACAACUGCGACAGAGGAUUACAGGCAAGGAUGCCGACAGGAUCAUCUCCGAGAUCAGACACAAGACCUCGAUCGUCCCAGAGCUACCCAAGGAGCUCCAAAAGGCUGCCGUCGAGUCGUACGCAUAUGCGCUCCGCUGGGUGUUCAUCGGCAUUGCCCUCGUCAGCGUCGGCACCGUCAUCGGCUGCGCCUUUAUCGAGGAUAGGGAGCUGCCCUCGUACGAGAACGCCAAGCCUGCGUCCGAUGACGAUGAGCAGAACGGGUCCAGCUCGUGA